GGGAGGAAGCAAGAGGGGCCAUAGGGGCGGGGGAAGCUCUGGGAUGAUUGAGGCCGUAAUAGGCUGUAGGGGUUGGAAGGACCUGGGGUGGCUAUAGGGGGCUCUAUAGGUGCCAGGCUGGGGAGAGGCCAGAGGGGGUUGAAGGACAGUGGGCACCGUUCUAUAGGGGGUGGCUCUAGGAGACUGGAAAUGUGUGAAGCCCCUUAUGGCUCCCUGGGUCUUCAGAGGGUGACCUCUGGCCGCCCUGCAAACCUAGCCAGGCCCUAAAUAUAAAGGGGGUUGGAUUUCCCCUUUGGCCCUGCCUCCUGUGGCAGCAACAGCCACAAAAUCACCUUCCGGUUGUUUCCUAAGCCAGGACGGAACCGUCUGCUUCCCCGAGCGAGUGAGUCCUGCUCCCAGGGAGACACCUGUAAGGCCGGAGUCUGGUCCCAGCCGCUUGGGUCCCGUUAUGGCGUUUCCUGAACCGAAGCCCCAGAAGACAGAGCUGCCAAAGAAGCUGGUGCAGACUCUGGAGUGCAAACAGGGAGCAGUCAGGGCAGUGCGAUUUAAUGUGGAUGGAAAUUACUGUCUCACCUGCGGCAGCGACAAGUCCUUGAAGCUGUGGAACCCCCACAAGGGGACCGUCCUGAAGACCUACAGCGGCCAUGGCUAUGAAGUGUUGGACGCAGCUGGCUCCUUCGAUAACAGCCAGCUCUGCUCCUGCGGGGCUGACAAAACGGUUGUCCUGUGGGACGUGGCCACUGGGCAGGUGAUCCGCAAGUUCCGAGGCCACGCUGGGAAGGUGAACUGUGUGCAGUUCAACGAGGAGGCCACUGUGAUCCUGUCAGGCUCCAUCGAUUCUAGCAUCCGGUGCUGGGAUUGCCGCUCACGCAGACCCGAGCCCAUCCAGAUCCUGGACGAAGCCAAGGACGGGGUGUCCAGCCUGAAAGUGUCGGACCACGAGAUCCUCUCUGGCUCUGUGGAUGGCCACGUGCGGCGCUACGACCUGCGUGCAGGGGAGCUGUGCUCGGAUUACGUUGGAAGCCCGGUCACCAGCGUGUGCUUCAGCAAGGACGGGCAGUGCACGCUGGCCGCCAGCCUGGACUCCACCCUGCGCCUGCUGGACAAGGACACCGGGGAGAUGCUGGGAGAAUACACAGGCCACAAGAACACGGCCUACAAGCUGGACUGCUGCCUGAGCGAGAAGGACACGCACGUGGGCAGCUGCUCGGAGGACGGGAAGGUGUAUUUCUGGGACCUGGUGGAGGGCUCCCUGACACUGAGCCUGCCAGUCAGCCGGGGCGUGGUCCAGUCCCUCUCCUUCCACCCCAGUGAGCCGGGCCUGCUCACUGCCACCGAGGGCCACGUGUGGUUCUGGAGGGAGGAGUCCCACGAGGCGCAGGAGCCGACGCUGGGCUGUUGAGCCAGGGCAGCUGGCCCCCAACCCAGCCAAUCACACGCGGACUCAGCUUUGGGGCAGCUGCUUUAUUGAGGCAUGGCUUGGAGUCCGGCGCAGGGAUAUUCUAGACUCUGCGGGCUGCGUGGCAGGCAGGGGUGGGAUGAGCCGGGCUUCUUGCCCUACACCACAGCUCAGACCCCAGCCAUGCAGAAGCCCAGGCCCUGCCCCAUGACCCUACAGCUCCUAUUUACAGCCGCAUGCCCCCCGUUACCACAGCCCGUGGCAGAAGGGACCAGGCACUAACAUUAAAGCCUCUCCAUGGAUGAGA